AUGGCUGCUCAAACUCUAUCCAAACACGAGUUGUUCGAUCGAAUCGAGUCAAGUAUUGCUCGGAUGAGUGAUAUUCUCAAAAAUCGACCUCGGUUCCCUACCCUUGCUCCAAAACCCAUUCCGAUAGCCACACCACCACCACCCAUUUCUGCCAGUGAGCCACCUGUUCCGGUUAUCACACCACCACCAUCUGCCGCUACCCCACCACCAAAACAAGUGUUCACAGCAGUUACACCACCACCAAAACCAGCCCCCGCCACCCAGUUCACACCGUCACCACCACUCCAAAAACUCACUAUGAUGACUUUAUCAGUUUCUUCUCCAUCUUUGACGAACACUACCUCAUCAUAUAUCAAGAAUGUUUUGGCUCCAAAAACUGAGUGCGCUUGA